CAAAUACUUUGAUAUUUCUGGUACAGCACAGUUGACAACAUGCCUCGGGAAUGCCUCGCAGCUGGGUUUACGCGUGAGUCUGUUGUUACCUGUAACCAUAACAACAACGUUGCGUUGAAUGAGAGACUGAAGAGUUUCGUGUUGCUUGUGUACUGAGUUUUGUUUUAAUUCUGUAAAUUUGAUAGCAACUUUUCAUGAUGGAGACAUCAUCCUUCCAUCAAGUGCUUUUUCCCGGAGAGGCAGAAGGAUAUAUUCAAAAUCUGGAAAUAUUUUCCUUAAAGGACAUUGGUUGUCCAAGAUGGUUCAAGCAGCACGAAUACAUCGAAAAACUUAACAUGCAGGCGAUUCUUAAUGCCACGGGAAGCCAGGAUGAGUUUGUAAAGGAGUUACUUGUGUCUUUGGGAAAGAUCCCUACAUUGAUCCAUGAGAUGAUCUUAGUGGAGGCUUGGAAAGUGAAGAUUUUUCCCAUUCUUUGUCAGCUGCAGGAUUUCAACCCAGAAAACACAUUUCCUUUGUACAUGGUGAUUCAUCAUGAAGCUACCAUUAGCAACCUGUUAGAGACAGUCAUGUAUCAUCGGGAGUCGUGCGAGGCUGCAGAGGACUCAGUUUUGGACCUGGUCGAUUACUGUCACCGUAAGCUGACUCUGAUGGCUGGCCACUCUGAGAGUGGGGAUCAGGACAGUCACUCAGUGGAUGUAAAUUCCUCCUCCAUUCAGGAACUACAGAAGCAGAGUGCUGCCUUAGAGUUUGAGAUCUCCCUGAAGGCACUCUCUGUUCUUCGGUACAUCACUGAUCACACAGACAGUGUCAGUCUGAGUGUCCUCACCAGACUGCUCUGCACCCACAAUCUACCCUGUGUCCUGGUCCAGCUGGUUGAGCACUGCCCUUGGUCUCGCUUCUCCAAAGGUCAGCUGGAGAAAUACAUUGAUGGGAAGUGGCACCAAAUUCCCAGGGAAGACCAGGUAAAGAUGACUAAACUGGAUGGCCAGGUCUGGAUCGCUCUGCUCAACCUGCUGCUAAAGCCAGAAUGCCAGAGGAAAUAUGACUUCAACAGCUUCAACAAAAGCCAGCUUUUAAAGUUGCAAGCUUUCCUGACGGAGGUAUUGAUUGACCAGCUUCCCAACCUGGGUGAGUUACAACGCUUCCUCAGUCACCUGGCGGUCAUGGACCCUGCACCCCCAAAGAAGGACCUGAUCCUGGAGCAGAUUCCAGAGAUGUGGAACAAUAUAAUGAAGGAGAAUUCAGGCAAGUGGAAGGCUUUGGCCAAGUACCAGGUCAAGCAUGCAUUCAAUCCCUCAAAAAGUGAUCUGAGGCAGCAGGCACAAAGGCUGGCCCUGACCUACAACUUGGAUGUGAUUGAGAGCCUUAUACCAGAGAAGCCCAAGUGUGGCUCGUGUGGCUCUGAGGCCAGCAAGCGCUGCUCACGCUGCCAGGGAGAGUGGUACUGCCGCAGGGAAUGCCAGGUGAAGCACUGGCCAAAACACAAGAAAGCUUGUCAACUGAUGGUGGAUGCCACAGAGAAACUCCAGAGUGACUUGAACAUAGAAGCAUAGCUGCUGGUUUUAUACAACAGAGCAGCAAGGUUGCACUGAAGGGAACUGAAAACUGUGCAAUGUUUACCAGUAAAGCAGAGUUCACUGUGUGUUUAUUCUUGUCACUUACAUCAUGUAAAAAGAGAAGUUCUUCAUCUCUAAAAUGACAUAAUUGGCACAUGGAUGAACACAUGGUUCUUGUAAACCAAAAAUAUUGAAGUGAAAUAACAUCAGCUGGAUAUGUAAGUAACAGAAACUAGGUCUGAAGUUAAAGGUUUUCACUACGUCAGAAGACAACAGUUUUUUCCUUGAACUGAAACAAAGGAUUAAGAGUGAUUGUAAUUAUUUACUUAUGCGCAAGUUUGUCAAAUUUUAUAAUGUACUGUGUUCCUAGUUACUUUUUAUUGCGAGUUGUUUUGUAUUGUGUUUGAUCCAUAUUUAAAUUGUACAU